GUAGUUUGCAGUCUGCUGUCAGCUCAGCCCCGCCCUCCCCAGCAGCUCCACGAGGACGCUGCUCUCCUCUGCAGUCUGCAGUCACUCCUGAGGAGCCCGUCAGAGUGCAGCACACUGCAGUCUCCAUCACUCCUCCUCCACCUCCUCCUCCUCUUCUUCUUCUUCUUCUUCCUCCUCCUCCUCCCUGCGCUCCCCUGGCAGGUGGAACACACGCACACGGGGCCGGGACAAUGGAUUUUAUCGCAGUCUUUGCUGUGCUGGCCUUAGUGGUCUCAGCUGAAGGAAAUGUUGGGCCAAGUACCAACAACAGCUUUUGCACAGAGUCAAAGGAAUGUCUGGAGUAUGAGCUUGUCUGCAAAACAGACGAGUACGAGGUGCGACACUACAGCCCCACUCGCUGGGUGUCCACAGACGCCGAAGCUUAUUUCAUGGGUGUUGGAGCAGCCAUGGCUUUCAGAAGACUUUUCCAAUACAUCACUGGAGCGAACGAAGGAGGCAUACAGAUGGAGAUGACUGCCCCUGUCCUGGUGAAGAUCCCAGAGGAGACCAAGAUGUGGGAGCCAGCUGUCUACACGCUCAACUUCCCGCUGCCGUCAGCCUAUCAGGAGAAACCGCCUGCACCCACCAGUGACAAGCUGUAUUUCACAGAGAUGCCAGAGAUGGAUGUGUACGUGAGGAGUUAUGGAGGCUGGAUGCUAUCAGUCACCUCCAGGCUUCACGCUCACCUACUGACCAAAGAGCUGGAGAGAGUCCGAGCUCCAUAUAACCACAGCUUCCACUACGGAGUCGGAUAUGACAGUCCUUUGAAGCUGUUGAACAGGCACAAUGAGGUGUGGUACAUGGCCGAGGGAGAGCCAGUCUGCACUGAUCCACAGGAACCAACACCCCCACACACCCCUAGGCCGACCCUCACCCACUCACCCACAGACUCUACUUCUGACCCACUCCCACACACCCUCUCUGACUCUCCCGCACUCACCCCCUCCAUCCUCUCCUCCAUCCUCUCCUCCAACUUCUCCUCCAACUUCUCCUCCAACUUCUCCUCCAACUUCUCCUCCACAUCCAACUCCUCCUCUCAAACACCCCCUAACACCACUGCUCUCCCCACAUCUAACGCUCCAUCCAGUCCCUCAACCACCCUACCUGCUGAACCUGCUUUCAGCCACCCACCCACCUCUGCCCAGAUCCUGCUCGCCCUGAUAAAUAACUCAUCAGAUCCGGUCUCUGUGAGCCCGUCUCUGGAGCAGCAGUCUGAUGCUCCCCUGUGGAACAGCACAGCCCAAAGCCCUGUGGACACACAAGACGACAGUAACCCUGUGGUCGAGCCCGAUGACGCUCAUUAGCAUUAGCAGGCAGGUUUGAUUUCAGCAGCUAUUGCAGGUAUAGUCACAAGCAAUCUAAUGUGAAUGUGUGUGAUUGAAGGUUAAAGCUGUUCUCAUCUUUCAUAUCUCUCUAUUUCCAUAAAUCCCAAAAACGACCUUAUAAAACAUAAUGUAUAAAUAUAUGUUCUAUCACAGCUUCGCACCUGCAGCCUCCUGGAGGCAAACACACACCUGUCCACUGUGUCUUUCUGAAAUGCUCACAGAGCUGCAGUAAAGUGUACAUGUAUGUAUCAGUUUGAGAGUGAGAAUUCAAUGUUAGGGGUUAAAAAACAUGUUUCAUCACAACACAAUAUUUUAUUGACAGUAUGAUAUAUUUGCUGCAUUUCCAAAGUCUACCAAGAAAGGAUUUUGAUUCAAUUCAAGGGCCUGCCAUCAAUAAAAGAUAUCAUAGCUCAAUUUAAAACAGCCAAAUCUGCCAACUUGCAAUGUGGCAUGCUAGGAUGUUUAUGUUUUGUGCUGUAUUAAUUAGAGCUUGAGAGCUAGUACACCUAAAUGCUGAUUGAGAGAAGAGGUUUUUUUAUUGGGCAGAAUCAGAAUCAGAAUCAGAAAUACUUUAUUGCAGAAGAAGUCAAAUGUUAGACAAACUGGCAUGAGUAAGAAAAUGUCGGCAGUGUCAUGUUCCAGUGACAUGGACUACUAACAGCAGCUUAAAAACAUCCAAUCUCAUAACUCAUUUGAAAAACAGACAUGAAGAAUUACAAAGAAAAAAACAUCUGUAUGAGAAUCAACAAUCGGCUACAUUGUUAUUUUAAACACCAGUGUCAGUCCGGAUUUUUCCAUAUCAGAGCAUCUCUAGUUAUAUUUAAAUAAAAAUCUCAAACAACA